CCCUCCUUCUUUCACUUUUGGCUCGCUACACUGGACAGACACGUUCGGCUGUGUGAGAAUCUGAUCCAGGCAUGAUGUUCCUGUGUUGCUGGCUGUUUCUGGUGGCUCUGACCCACAUCACCUCAAGCACCAACCCCGGGGUGCAGGUCAAGCUGACCCAAAAGGGACUGGAAUAUGGCAGACAAAUUGGGAUGGCAAAGAUCCAGCAGAAACUCAACACCAUCACUAUUCCAGAUAUUUCCGGGUCACAAAGGGUCUCUCCAAUCGGGAAGGUCAAAUACAGCCUGACAAACAUGCACAUGGUGGACGUGGCUUUGCCACAGUCAUCUGUGGACCUGGAGUCAGAUGUUGGAGUCAGACUGAACAUCGCUGGUGCCUCCCUCAGCAUGAGGGGCAACUGGAGGGUCAAGUACCUGCGAGUCAUUAAAGACAGCGGCUCUUUUACGUUGAGCGUCAACGGUCUGACCAUCACGACCAGCAUCGCCAUCACAAGAGAUGCCACAGGCCAUCCUGAAGUCAGCGUUGCCAACUGUGCAGCCAGUGUGAGCAGCGUGCGCGUGAAAUUUCACGGUGGAGCCAGCUGGCUCUACAAUCUUUUUAGCAGGUACAUCGACAAGGCGCUACGCAGUUCACUGGAGAAAAAGAUGUGCCCUCUGGUGGCGGAUGCGGUGUCAGACCUGAACCCUCAGCUCAAAACACUCAACGUCAUCGCCAAGGUGGAUCAGUUUGCAGAGAUUGAAUACUCCCUGGUGUCAGCGCCCCCUGUCUCUAGCUCUGCCAUCAGCUUCAACCUGAAGGGAGAGUUUUACAACAUCGGGAGGCACCAGGAGCCGCCCUUCUCCCCGGUGGCCUUCUCUCUGCCUCCUCAACACGACAACAUGUUGUACAUCGGCAUCUCUGCCUUCACCAGCAACAGCGCCGGGUUCGUGUACAACACCGCAGGCGCGCUCAGCCUCUACAUCACAGACGACAUGAUCCCACAGGCUUCUCCUUUCCGCCUGAACACUCGGACUUUUGGAACAUUCAUUCCAGAGGUUGCCAAACAGUACCCAAACAUGAUGAUCAAACUUUUGGUGAAGAACGAACAAACACCCAACAUCAUUCUGGACAACAACAACGCCACGGUUCAGACAGUAGCGUCCGUGACGGCUUACGCAGUGCAGAGCAACGGCACGCUGUCGCCCCUCUUCAUCUUGAACAUGGAUGCCAGCGUCAGCGGCAACGUGUCCAUUAAUGGGAUGAAGCUGGCCGGAAAAGUCAUCCUCAACCAAAUGACCUUGACACUCCAAACCAGCUAUGUGGGAGACUUCCAGGUCCGAUCCCUCAACAGCAUCCUGUCUAUGGUGCUGAGGUGGGUGGUGAUACCCAAGCUGAAUGUCAAGUUUGCAGAGGGAUACCCACUUCCUGCGCUGGGGAAGAUGCAGCUUGUCAACACCCAACUCAGAGUUCUGAAGGACUACAUACUGAUCGGCACCGACGUCCAGUUCGCUGGCUGAAGUCGACAAGGCUCCACUGGGAUGUUUAGUUCACGCAGUGACUUUCUUUUUUUUUUUUAAUAUCUGGACUGUUCUGCUGGUGAGACUUGUUGGAUGCUCUUUGUUUACAUCACAGGCUGACAUGUUUGAAAAGUCCUUUUCAAUACAUGUGUUUUCUGAUAAAUUUGCAGGAAUAAUUCCAUCAGAGUUUAAAUUAUCUUAUAUUUUAUACAAGUAUUUUUCUUCAGAGUUUAAGGUAUUUUCUAUGUAUUUUUGAAAACUGUCUUCGAUAUCUGCUGUAAAAACCCAGAAGAGAGAGAAACCUGCAGAAGCACAUAUCUUAUCGGGAUCUUCCGAAGGUUAUACUGCGGCACAAAGCCUACUGCACAGCAGAGGGCGCUGCGGACAGAUGCAUGGACAUUGCAUGGCCACAAGAGGCAGCAACAGUUGUAGUCAAAUAGCCAAACAUAGCAACCAUGUCUGACCGUCCCAAGCACCUUGAUUAUUAAACAGGAUUUUUGACCUUGUCCUACAGCAAUAAAACGUUCCACACACAACAACAAAACGAUACUACAACGUCAAAUAAUGCUAUAAAAAGACACAGUAGCAAAUCUGAAUUAGGAUGUGCGCUAUAAUAUACAUGCUAACCUCCCGACAUUGACACGGUUUGAGUCAGAAAAUUGUGCCUUUUUCAAUGAAAUUGUUUGGGAAGAUGUUAAAAUGCUGUACCAAAAUAAAAUGCAUU